GGGAGCUCCAUAUCUCAUUAUUAUAUUCAACCCUCUACUAUGCUUCUGUUUACUCGCAGUAUCGAUCUUAUCUUUAGGUUCAAUGCGAUGACGAUUCUGCUGACUUCUGGGGUAAAAACAGCCUCGGCACAGCCGCCUGAGCAGCUCUUGUGCUCUUGUGAGCGCCCAGAGAUGGUUGGUUCCGCUGCAACUGGCGUUGUCGGGAGCAUCCUCUGGACAGCGAGCUAAUAUCGAGUAAAGAGAUGCCUGAUAAAGGAUCCGAUUGGGUCAGAGUCUCUUCAGGAAACGAACUAACGGAAAUAUUUUGGUUUUCCGAGUGCAAUGUGAUGCGAUUCCUGCUGGUUUGGCUGUAUGGAAUGCCCGACUGCUGUGAUUGGCUAUUUAAAUAGGCCAAGAUGACUGUUCCAGCAUCUUGACAUCAACCUCUCCUCUAACAACACCGCAGGCAAAAACACCUUCAACAGAUUUUUUUUUUUCUUUAAUCCACAUCUUUUUGCUGCUUAGGACAUUCUUAUCUAUAGGGCAUAAGUUCCCAUUGGCGGGGUAGCCAUUGUUGCUGCCGCUAUCUACCUAGCAUCCGUGAGCCCGUCGCGUGGCGAACUCCGGGGCAAACUCAUCAGCGCACAUCUACCAGUUUUAGUCUAUCGUAUGCGACAAUAGAUAUCAAUCGCCCGCCAUGGCUUGUCCUAUUACAGUUUCCAAGUUUGUGGGGACCAUUUCCCUGGGCCUCUUAACCGGCAUUUCAUAUGCCACGUCCACGAUCGCAAUUCCAUCCCUCCAAUCCCUUCCCGACGCUUCCAGCGCUUCCCGAACCCUCAAAGAACUGCAAGUGCGCACCAGCAAGCAUGUCCUCAGACUUAGCCACAUCACCGCCAUUACUCUCUUCACCGCCUUCACUCUGUCGUCCCCGCGUAGAAGACACCCGUACCUGAUCUGGACGGCACUUACCGCCCUAAUUGGCGGGGUAGGCCUGGAAUGGUGGUACAACCGCGAAACACUGACAUGGAGGUCGCUAUCAGGAAGUUUGGGUGGAUUUUGUCGUUGCAACGGAUCCGGAUUUGGUGUUAUCUCAUGGGGAUCUGCCCGUGCUGGUGCGAGCGCUAGUACCGGAGGAUCCGUACCUGUGAGAAGCGAGGAGGAAGACUCCAACGGGAACGGAAGCGAGAUUGAAAUUGUGGGCGAGGAGGAAGCUUCAUCUCCCACCGCCGCGGCCGGUGCUCCAGCCACGAGCGUAGCGACACCGCAAUCGGACGACGAUUUGAAUGUCAAUGGUGAGGCUGUCCAAGCUGAGAUGGAGAAAGAGCGCAAGUUUCAGAGGCUGAGGAUGUGGACGCUUGGCCUGGGUUUCUCCAUGGGUGUGGUUGGGAUCUGGGGUGAUGGGGUCUAAGUUGAGUCUGCUGAUUUAUGACACUAUUUGGUGGAGGUGGUGGUAAGCUUCUGUCUACCUCUAUGAGGCUUCUUUGGACAGACAUGUGUAUGCGAGCAGCAAGCUGCCACCCAUUGUUUGGACGACCGCCAAAUUUCUAUAUAUUCCUCAUCAUUACCUUCUCUUUAUUGUACAUGUACAAAUUCGUUGUGAUUUUCUAGUGAGAAGAAAAGAGAAAAAAUGAACUAAAGGAAACAGCUAGUAUGCAGGUUUAUGAGAGCAGCAAUGCUGGAAAUUUCAAGUCGUUUUCUUCUUAUUUUUAUUUUUUUAUGUUUCAAUGAUUUUUUGCGAAGUAUCUUCCGCGCUCUUAUCCAUAUAUUCACUUGCUUACAUGGCAAUCUCGCCUUCUCGCAUGUACGAUUUAUCUCCCAUCUUUGACGAUAUAAAAUUAAAGCAUGGAAUGCUUCGUUUCUUAUCUCCCUCCCUCUCUCUUUGUUUCCAGGUCGCUAUCAGCACACGGGCGAAUUGGAGCUUUCUGAGACCUACCUACAGAUUAGGUAGUUUAAAAUAUCUCCCUCAAAGUCAUUGGCACUAGUUAGUCCUAGAGGUGAGCUGACUAGAAACGCAACACCCGGCGACAACGGCUUGAUGUAUGUGCUGGCCUUCCUCCUACGCUCUUUGCUGCUUCAUCACGGGCAACCCAUCAACGCCCCAAUCAGAUAUUCCACUUGCAUUCUUUCGUAGCAGCCACAGAGUGCUCAGCAGCACUUCAUUAAUAUUGCUCCCUCAUUAAUUCUAUUUCCAGCCACACUAGAAUCCAAGCGCAAUGCCCAGAACUUUCCAUUUCUCCCCGCACAGGGAGGAGGGAGGGUUUGCCAGGUUCUGCUGGCAAGACCGUUUCCCUUCCUGGUGUUCUACAACAACUGUGUUGCGACCACUUUUGUCAGAUGAGUUCUGCAGUGAGUAAGUCCCUCACUUUUCAUUCUGCUUGUGUCCACACUGCUAAAAAAAAAAAGAAGAAGGGGGUCAUUCCCGCCUCUCUAGCUCUCUACGCGCAAAGGUGGCCG